AUGCACUCCCUGAUUAAAAGGCUGCCCGGCAGCCAGGCGCGUUCCCCGCAGCGCUGCAGGGCGGAGGGGCUGCGGGAGUGCACCGAGCCCCGCCGGGCCGUGCUGCGGGGGCGGCUCCCGCCGGCGAGCCAGAGCGAGGAGCUGGGAACCGGCAUCCCGGCAUCCCGGCGGCAGCAGCCCGCACUCUCCGGAGGGCAGUGCCGCCGCCCCAGAGCGCACCGCACCGCGCAGCACCGCACGCCAGCUGCCGCCCUCGCCCCGCCGUCCCCCGCCCCCGCCGGGCCCCGCUCCUCGGGCGGCGGCUACGAGAGCUGCCAGAGCUGCAAGCGGGCGGCGCUGAGCGCCGGCUGCGUGUGCGUCGUCGUCUCCUUCCUCUCCAUGGUGGUGCUGCUCUUCACCGGCCUCAUCUUCGUCAACCAGUACGGCGGGGACGCCGCGCCCGGCGCCGCGGCAUCGCCCUCGCCGGUGGGGCCCAUCUGCCUGUCGGUCGCCAGCAUCCUCGCCCUCUUCUCSGUCGUCGUCACAUGGCUCAUCUGCUGGCUCAAGUACCGGCCCGAGGCGGCGAGCGGCGGGGCCACGGCCAACGGCUCAGCGCGGGGCCGGGCCCGCAGGAGCGACACGUAGCCCCGGCGGAGSGGAGCGGAGCCGAGCGGGCUGGGCRGGCCCGGCGCUGCGGGACAGGAGCCCCGGCUCGGGGACAGCGCACGGGCGGACCGGGGUGACAGGUGCCAGCCCCGCCGCGGCCACCACGCCCGGCCCCGCGGCACUGGCACAGCCCCAGGCGCUGGGGAKGGCCCGGAGAGGGGUCACGGAGGGUCCGGCCGCUCGGAAGGGAGGGCAGGGCGCGCCUUCCCAGCAGAGAUGGCUGGAACGGCCUCCCUGGGGAGCUGGAGCUUGGGCUGUGCGCGGUCCCCGCCUCUGCGGGAGCGCAUCCCGGUGCUGAGCUCCUGAUGCAGAAGGACACAAUCGCGAUUAAAGAAAACUGGCUUACUGUUGCCCCCACCUGGAAGAUAAUUGGAGAGGUUCACUGUGGUUAGGAGCAGAACAGGAACGCGAUGUUAAAUGCGCUUUGUGUUUGCCCUUUUAUGAAGUUAACAAGUUAACGUGUAGAAGAAGUUGUAACAGAAGUGUGUUAUCUUAAAAGACUGAGCCAAAGUUUCCUACAGUGUAUUGAGUAUGGUUUCGUUAUKAUUUUAUAAGAAGGCCAUUGAGCCCUCUGAUGGUUGCUUAAAAUAAGCUGUAUUAUUUAAUUCUUUUAAAUUCUAAUUUAAUGUGGGAGACUGAAACACUAUAYUGAACAUUUAAAACAAUUUAUGGAAGAUUAUUUAAUUAAUGGAGCUCUAAAAGAGCACUAAAAGACUCCUGUCGUAGGGAUUAAUACUUCACUGGCCACUGAUUUCAAUUUUUAUGCGAUGAGAGGAGCCCACAUUAAAGUAUGGACUUUCAGCAUCACUGUAAAAGUGGAAUGCAGUAGUGUGAUUUGUGAUUGAACAUUCAGUCGAGGUAGCUGUAGUAAGACGAUGGUUUUCCCCCUUGGUAAGUCUAUCUUCUCUGUUGGGAGGUUCUGUAAAGGACAGCGGAAAAGGGUUUUGUUCUGUGAGUUUGGAGCAUCAAAGGUGUCUUUGAAAUGUGACAAGAUGCUCAUGAUAUGAAAUGGAAAAACAUUGCCAUACAGCUGGUUUUGUAGUAUAUUAAGGAGAGCACUCUAUAUAGAUACUGUUCUAUGUUGCAGGAUAAUUCAUUUGGUGCCUGAAUUUUUUAAACUUAAUUAGUUGUUAUAAUCUAUUCUAUCGGGAAUAAGAUAAUGCUGCUUAUUCCGUGUUUCUACACAGUACUGUAAUGGAAUGAGGUAAUUAUUUUCGUGCUUAACAAUUCAAGAAUUUUAAAAGUGAUCUUUUAGUAUGUGUAUUUUGCAAGCUGUCUGCAUGAUAUUCUGACAARUAUCCUCUUAAUAGACCUUUACUUGACCACUUCUGUUUAUCACAAGUGCAAAGGAACUUUGUAGAAAUGUAAAGGCAGCAGGUGAAGAUGUGUGAUGUGUUUUAUGACUGCACAAGUGAUGUGUGCUGUGCAAUGUCUUGAUUAUCACAAAUCUGUGAAAAAACAACCCCCUGAUUCCCAAGAAACCCCACAAACCAAGCCGUGUUUGUACAGACUCUGAUGAUGGACGCAGUUUGUGGAAACGGCAGAUGAUUUUUGUGUCACUGAUGUCUAUUGAAAAAGAUCCGCACCAGCCUUUUAAAGUUGUAUAUCAUAAUAUAAAGGCCCUGAGGAGAUAAAUUACUGGGAUCAACUGUGGCUCUGACCGAGAUUUGUGUAUUUAGACCAGUGUUUUCCACCUUGGAGUUGCUCGUUAGCUGUCUAAAAGGUUAUGCCUCCUAAAAUCAGGCCUGACCGUUAGCCCCUGUUGACUUCAGCAGUAGUUGUAGAUGUUCUGCACCAAAGAAAAUCACGAGACUUUUAUUUAAGCAUCUAAAUGAGAAUUUAGAUGCUUGACUUCAGGUACAAAUGUUUGAAAAUUUGGGCCUUAACCUCUUUGUUGUUCAGUUAAUGCAUCUGUAAAGUUUGAUAAUUGCAUUGACCUACCUCACAGGCAAGAUGUGAGGCUUUAUUUAUUAAUGUUUUUAAGCAAUUGGAGAUUCCUGAAGAGGAGGUGCUAUAGAAGUGAAAGUAUUAUUAUAAAUGAUACUGUAGUAGGAAUAAAUAUAUGUAAAUUAAUGGACAUAAACAGCAGCAAUGUUUUCUAAGAAAAAUAAAWAUAUAAAAUAUGUACAUGUGUACAUCAUAUGCACCAAUACAUGAUUUACCUGUUUGUGCUUCUCCUGCAAAUGCAGUGGGUGUAUCUGCAUUUCUGUUCARCCAGGUAAGCUCCAGUACCUUGCAGUUCAGGUGAGCCCAGCCAGCGGUCACCGCUCCAACUCCAUCUCUCACAGACAUCCCCAGGUAGCUCUGAGUGCUCCUGGAGCUCAGCUGGAGCUCCCUGCAUAGCUUUUUCUCUUUUCUUAGCUUUAGUCCUGCAGGCUUUGGCUGCAGGGAGCUGCUCAGGUGUCCCAGGGCACGGCAGCGAGCUCCCUCCCAUCUGGGAAUGUGUGCAGGAGCUGCUGUCCCACRGCAGCUGUUACAGAGCUGAAAUACUGAUUACAGGAAGAAAUGURUACUCCACCUUUACUUUCCACAUCAUAGUUUUAUUCUUGCCUUUUCUCUGUAAACAGUAUUUGCCAUUUUGACCAAACCAAUGGGAUCCAUGGACUACUAAAAGAGCUGCGAAAGGUAAGUAAGAAAAGCAAAUCGAUCAUCAGAAGCCUAAAUCUGUUGYGUGAGGGUCAACUUUGAAAGCAUUUAGAGGUUGGCACAUUACAGAAGGUUGAAGAUCACAGGCCUAAACAGGAUUUUCAGGCUUAUUCACAUUGAAUGAUCAUAUUACAUAUCAGGUUCCUACUCAUAUAUUUGGAAAUAUAUCAGAGCCAAAUUAAAAUGGACAGUCUGAUCUUAUGCCAAAUCCUUCUCUCUGCUUACACAAAUUUUGGGAAACUCCACUGGUUUCAGGAGUGUUAGUCUGGAUCCACAUCACAGUACCAGUCAGAAAAAAUCAUGCAUUGUAUACAUCUCUGGCUACUGUCAAAUCCCAGUAUUAUAUUUGUAUUUUGGUUUCCUUUGAGUGUACAGAUUGCUUGUCCAAAGCCAAACUUUGCUCCAGUUUCAGUAAAAAAAAGUUAAGUAAAAAUACAA